GUCCUGAGGAAACACAGCGGCCUCCCAAGGAACAGCCUGCCUGUCUGCCUCAUUUCAGAGUGGGUUAUUGAAGCCGAAGCCUGGUGCUUCAGUCCGGGAAGACUGCAGAGAGUCCUCCCCUGUAUUCCUCCGCUACGGUCUGGGAGCAGCAUCUAUCUCCACUGUUGCUGUACCCAUGUUAAUGUCCCUCUGUGGGACCAAUAAAGGACUUCUGAUUCUGCGACAGACAGAAGAGAGGGGGGAGGGGCGGGUUGGAGAGCGGCCUUCUUCUUUUCCCGAAGAGUCCUCUUCCUCGUAGCCCACCGUAUCCCAGGAUGCAAUGCGCGCCAGUGACAAGCAAACAAAGAAAAUGUCGGUCGGUCUCAGAGAGAAAGCAGCACGUGAGGAGUAACUGAUAAAUGACAAUUCUGGAGGACUGGGUCUGCUGGGGAAGGAGCUGCCACCCACACAGGACCCCCCUUGGUGAUAUUGUCAUAUCAUAUACACAACUACGGUGUAGUUAUGCCAUGCAAACACGUCCAGCAGCUGGUGGUGGUUAAAGAAGAGGUUCCACCUGAGCAGCAGGAGUGGAGCUCCAGUCUGGACCAGGAGGACCCAGAGCCCCCCCCACACAUUAAAGAGGAGCAGGAGGAACUCUGGAUCAGUCAGGAGGGAGAGCAGCUUCAAGGGCUGGAGGAGGCUGAUAUCACCAAGUCCACAUUCACUCCUGUCCCUGUGAAGAGUGAAGAUGAUGAAGAGAAACCUCAGUCCUCUCAGCUUCAUCAAAGACAAACUGAACACCUGGAAACAGAAGCUGAUGGAGAGGACUGUGGAGGACCAGAACCAGCCAGGAACUCAGAUCCAGAGAGACAUUUACAACCAGAGACUGAGGACAACAACACAGAUGACAUAUUCUGUUCAUGUUCAGACGUCCAGCAGCUGGUGGUGGUUAAAGAAGAGGUUCCCCCUGAGCAGCAGGAGUGGAGCUCCAGUCUGGACCAGGAGGACCCAGAUCCCCCCCCACACAUUAAAGAGGAACAGGAGGAACUCUGGAGCAGUCAGGAGGGAGAGCAGCUUCAAGGGCUGGAGGAGGCUGAUAACAACAAGUCCACAUUCACUCCUGUCCCUGUGAAGAGUGAAGAUGAUGAAGAGAAACCUCAGUCCUCUCAGCUUCAUCAAAGACAAACUGAACACCUGGAAACAGAAGCUGAUGGAGAGGACUGUGGAGGACCAGAACAAGCCAGGAACUCAGAUCCAGAGAGACAUUUACCACCAGAGACUGAGGACAACCCUGGAGACUCUUCUGAAGACACUGAAGACAGUGCUGAUUGGAAGGAGACCAGACCAGGCAACCUCAUUCAGGUCCAAACCAUUUGGAAACUGAGGACGUUUCCAUCAGCGAGAAUCCAUUCAGUCCCUCAGAGCGUAAAGAUCAAUAUGAGGACAGUCAGCUGA